GCAAAUACAGAAUAACUACAACAUCUAUAAACUUGAUUCAAUUCAAUUCAAUUCAAUUUAGUUUGUCGAAAGAGAGAUCCAAGAAUUUAUUCGUUCACAACGAGAAAUAAAAAUCUGUUGAAUCAGAGGAUAAUAAGCAAGUAAACGAUUAAAAUGACGGAAGCUACGCAUACAAAAUUGAUGGAUACGGAGAGGGGAGGAGAGAAUACACAAUAUGAAUCCCAGAAUACAUUUACGCAGUCGCCUGCUAAAGAUCAGGGUACCUUUGGAGACUCGACAGGACCCACUGAAGCCACCCUUCAAAAAGCCGCAGAACAUAAAGCGCGUGGCGAGCGAACGGCGGAGAAUAUUAGGUAUGGAGAGGCGAUUAGUGAGCAUGGGUUUGGAGGGGAGACGGUGGGGAAUAGUAUGGGAGUUGGGGACGGAGAGAAUAAGGAGGAGACGGAGGAGACGAGGAGAAAGAUGGGUUAUGGAGGGGGGAAUGAGGUUGGUGGUUGAUGGAGAGAGUGUGUGAUGUGGAAGAGAAGGGAGAGUGGAGAGGGGAGAGUGGAAGGGAAGAUAUUUACUAGAACUAUGGAGAUUUCGUUUCAAGUUUUAUGGUGUUUGGUUGGAAUUAGAUGAGA